UCUCCCCGUUUAAGAUAGAUAACGGCGGCCACCCCACCGGUAACUUGCUCAUUUGGUUAUGGUAAAUGGUGUGCCACUUGGGAUUGCCAACAAAAAGAGCCUAACCGUCCAAUGCGAGCGCAUUUGCACGGAUGCAGAUGCUCCCGUUCGGUCCGCCCCAACCGCGAUCUCAGCGGAGUGCAGUGUCAGAGACACAACGCGGGUGCACAUCCAUGCUGCCUCGACAGAAUCCGCCACUGGCCCACCCGCGCUGCUCGGUGCGUGACUAACAGGGCAUGCAGGCCGCCGAUCGCGUAACGGUCACGUUCUUCGUCUUUGCGUUCGUUGCGUUUCGUCCGAAGUGCGCGACGCGCGAGGAGCAUCGUCAUCAUGAUGAACACGGUCGUUAUGCAAUGCAAUCCUGCCUGCGAGCGCUCAAGUUGCCAACUUACGAUGGAGCGGGAGAAGCUCACGGUUUGCGAUGCGGGCACCCGGAUGCCGGCACUCUAUCUAUCAGCUCGGCUAGUGUCCUUUCGAGGCCUCCAGCUGAACUUUCCUAUACACGGACACGCACUGAACGCGAUCGGAGCGUCAAAGCCGCAAAUCGUGUUGGUGCAGAGCCGCCUAUCACCCAACGGAAGGGUGAGUGCUUUUUAUCAUCGUUCGAGCAGGCAAUGGAAGUGCCACCGCAAACAGUAGGCGGGUUCAAUUUCUCGUCCCACUCACCGAGGCCCCCAAUUUCUAUCCGCCAAAUACGCUCUAGCACGUAACGCCUCGGCUGUCUUCUCGGAAUCGCUCGUCAAUCCGAAUUGUGAUCUCG